GACGUCACAUAUGCGCCACACUGCCCCAUGUGUACGCAUGGAUCUAUAAUAUUAACGUUGUACGUCGUGUGGCUCCGCCAAAGACACUCUAUGCUCUGGCUGCAGGUUCUUUUAGUCCACACUCGGACCUCUGCGGGCUGGGACCUCUGCGGACUGAUGGACUGACGUCUGCCGCCCACACCAGCCCACAUCAGCCCACAUCUGUCCGUCCCUCAGCAGGCUCUGCUCCGCCGCCACAUGUCCGGGGACGCUGGCGCCCCGCGGGAGGGCGAGCACGGACACGGGGACGAGCCUCGGGAGAACAGCGGGGACGCAGCGGCUCCAGCUCUGUCCAAAAGGCAAACCAAGAAGCUGCUGAAGCAGCACAAGUGGGAGGAGGAGCGGGACCUGCGGAAGCAGAGACGGAAGGAGAAGAAGCAGCAGCGUCGGCAGCAGAGGCAGAGCCAGCAGGAGGAGGGCAGGGCAGACGGUCCGAGCGCCAGGAAACGACCGCGCAGAGAGCUCCAGCCCGGCUCCCUGAGGCUCGUGCUGGACUGCAGCUUCGACAGCCUCAUGCACAUCAAGGAUGUUCGGAAGCUUCACAAACAGAUCCAGCGGUGUUACGCUGAGAACAGACGGGCCUCGAACCCGGUCCAGAUCUACCUCACGAGUCUGGGAGGACAGCUGAAGCAGAGCCUGGAUGAGAAGGACCAGGGAUGGGUGAACUGGAAGGACAUCACCAUUAAAACUGAGCAUUACACUGAACUCGUGGCCAAAGAGGAGCUGGUGUACCUCACCUCCGACUCCCCCAACGUGCUGGAGGGGCUGGACCAGAAGAAGGCCUAUGUGAUCGGAGGUUUGGUGGACCAUAACCACCAUAAGGGACUGACCUUUGAGAGGGCAAAGGAGCUGGGGAUCGAGCAUGCGCAGCUUCCUCUGGCCACUUUUGUCAAAAUGAACAGUCGCAAGGUUCUGGCCGUCAACCAUGUGUUUGAGAUUAUCCUGGCGUAUCUGGAGAAGGGGAGCUGGCAGGAGGCCUUCUUCACCAUCCUGCCUCCCAGAAAAGGCGUGGUGGCCCUCAGCCAGGAUGGGACAAACGCUCCGGGAAGACCGGAGGAUUCUCACUCCGACUCGGAUGCAGCAGAGCAGCCAGAGAUCACAGCGGAAAAGUCUGAACGAAUGAACUAAUACAGUUCCAACAUUGUUUUUUUUUUUUUUUAAGGGAAACAGCUGUAAUCAAAGAGCAAAGUUUGGUUUGACAGAGUCAAACAUUUUAUUUUCAGUAGAUAUAUUUUGAAAGGUUGUACUUUCCUUCAGUGGCUCUAAAGGCUGGAGCUGCAGUAUGUUUUCCUACAGUUAUUGCCUUGAUUUAAGUUUUUAUUUUAUUUUACUUUUUGGACUUGAAAGCUGAAGCUGUCAGAGCUGUUUACUUUACAGACUCAUAAAUGAAAAGAUUUCUU